AACUACUAGAGAAUAAUCUUCAAGAGAAGACGUGCCAAUAGAUAAAAGUUAUGGUGCACAUCUGCAGGCUGCUUGUUCUGAUGGGGAUGUUGCUGUGUUUAAGUGCCCAGUUCGCCAGCUCUCAGCACUGGUCUCAUGGCUGGUACCCUGGAGGAAAGCGAGAGAUAGACAUUUACGAUACAUCAGAGGUUUCAGGGGAAAUUAAACUCUGUGAGGCAGGAAAAUGCAGCUAUCUGAGACCCCAGGGAAGAAACAUUCUGAAGACAAUACUGCUGGAUGCCCUAAUACGGGAUUUCCAAAAGAGAAAGUGACACCAAGAUGACUCAUCAGCCCUUGUCCAAAGAAACAAGCUUUCCAGCAAACACAUUAGACCUGCAUUUACAUUCAAAUAUAUGAAUAUAAAUAUAUAUUUUUUUCUGUGAUUUUAAUUUAAUUUUUUAUGUUCUACAUUUUGUUCUGUUUGUGAGUAAACCUACUGCCGGCAUUAUGUAACCAUUUGCUGCAGUUCCUACAAUAAAGGCUUUAUUUUGGUAUUUUG